AUGGAGUCCUGCAGGGUUCCUCACCAUGUCCUGCUUUUAUUCAUCCUCACGUUCAUCACAGUACCUGCAUCAGCUGUCACUACUGUACAGGUGAAGUUUAAUCAGGCUGCUGCUCUGCCCUGUGAACGGAAAUGUUCUCGUGAGGCCAAAUGGACUCUGUUCAGUGACCGAGAUGAUGCAGUGGCUCGGUGUGAUCAGACAUCCUGCUGGUCACUAAAGGAGGGAUUUAAAAUGUCCUAUGAUCAGUACCUGAAGGGAGAUCUCACCCUCACCAUCACUGCAGCUGAUUACAGUAUGAGGAACAUGUACACGUGUGAGUGUGAUGGCAGAGACAUUAAUGAUGUGCGUCUCAGCAUCGAGACCAUGACAUCAUCAGUUCAGAUAAACCCUGGUGAAGAUCUGCAGCUGGAUUUGCACGUAUCAGAGCGAGUGGAGGUGAUCUAUAAGGGUGAAGAUUCAGCAGAUCCUUAUGGUGAACAGAUCUGCACUGUGGAUAGAAGAUCACUAAGCUGUACAGCUGAAUACACACCGAGAACAUCACUCACUAACACAGUUCUUACACUGAGAGGAGUAAAGCUCACUGAUGGGGGAGUUUACAUCGUCCGAGACACGGAGAAUAAUGAAGAUCUUCAUAUUUACUCAGUAUCAGUGAGAGAGAGAGCUCUACCAGUGUGGGCGAUUAUCCUGAUAGUGCUGAUGGUUCUUCUGCUUGUUGCGCUGCCUGUGAUGAUAAUCUGCUACCUGAGGAAUCGGUGCUGCCAAAGAGAUGAAUCGUACAGAGGAGCAGCAGUGGAGCAGGAAGAGAUCAGAGCUGGAAUGGCACCAUACAAAUGAGGGACCAGGCAGAGAAUGAAAGCA